CCGAACAAACCAAAAGAAAAAUAAGAUCAAAAGAGAUGAAGGAAAAGUCUAUUGGGUCUGUCACCUUUCUUCUCUUCGUUUUGCUUGUCUGCUCAUCUGCUUUCCGCUUGCUUCCCCAGAAACAAGGUGAGAACGAGGUUGCCUCUAAGGGGAUCAUCAGGCCUGCGUUAGUGACAGAUACAAAAGAAGAUAUCUCAAAUCUGAUGGGAUCAGAAGAUUGCAAUGAGAAAGAUGAAGAAUGUAUCAGAAGAAGGGCGAUUGCAGAAGCUCACCUGGAUUACAUCUACACUCAGCAUCAUAAACCUUAGCAAACAAUCCAUACAGAGGAAUAUAAUAGGGUAAACUAACUAUUUGGUCACCCACCUAUUACUUAGUUUUCAUUUUGGUCACCCAUGGUCAAAUCUAAUGUUAUAUUUCGAUUCUAUUUUGAUCAUACAAUGUUAAAAAACUAACAGUGAUGUUGAUAUCUUAUAAUAAGAUAAUACCACGCCAGCAUUUAAAAUAAUAAAAAAAUAUCAUGUCAGCAUCACUAUUAAUUUUUUAACAACAGAUGAUUAAAACAGAAUCAAAACAUAUCGUUAGAUAUA